CACACUGCAUGAACUGGAUCCACAGACUAGAUGUCAGACCAGCAUCCUCCUCUACAGUAACUUUUAACUUUUAUCUCUAUUGAUAACAAAUAUAAUUCAGAGAUUUUUCCUUGCAAUUACUUUCAUUGUAUUUUCUACGUGCAAGUGUGAUUAAGAAUCCCCCAGAACAACAGAGUGAGAGAAGAGAGGACUCACUAUGAAUUUAAGAUCAGCAGCAAGAGGAUUUCUAUUUUUCCUUCUGUCAGUACCAGUGCUUCAGAGUAAUGGUGACUGGACAGUUACUUACUCAUCUAGUAAUGUCUGCGCUUUAAGAGGAGCAACGGUUGACAUCAACUGCACUUAUGAAUACCCUGACAACGUACAGUACCGCCCUACCACAGUCAAACCACUGUGGUUCACUAAAGCAUCAAACUAUCAGCCUGUUGUUCUGGAACACGAUACAGAGUAUACAGGUCGUGUUGAAUUCAGCCGUGGAGAGGUCAAUUGUACCGGGGCCAGAUGUCAUGGAACAUGUACCCUGAGAAUCAGAGACCUGAGACAGAGUGACUCUGCUGUCUACAAGUUUAGGUUCACAACAAACCAACCAGGUGGGGAAUAUACUGGUGACCCUGGAGUGAAGUUAUCUGUAACAGACCCAGACCUCCAGGUGAAGGUGUCCUUUCCUGACCCUACCAGUCCUACCAAGGCGAAGCUGGAGUGUCACAGCUUGUGUGGUCUUGCUGGUGACCCUCACUACAUCUGGUUCAGAAAUGGACAGAAUGUACUACAGGGAAUGAACUACUGGAUCUACAUUCAGUCUGGAUACAGCUAUUCAUGUGCUGUUGAAGGAUAUGAACAUCAACACUCUCCUUUAGUGUAUGCUCCAAAGACCCCCUCAGUCACCGCGAGUCCCUCUGGUGAAAUAGAGGAGGGCAGUUCAGUGACUCUGAGCUGCAGCAGUGAUGCCAACCCAGCAGCUAACUACACCUGGUUCAGGGUUAAUAGAGAUGGUUCCUCCAGGUACAUGAACCAGGGACCACAGCUCAUCUUUAGGCGGAUCCUAUCUUCCGACUCUGGACGAUAUCGCUGUGACACUCAGAAUAAGCUAGGGGAUAAAUGUUUUUUCAUCUCUAUUAACGUAAAAUAUGGGCCUAAACACAUAUCUGUGUAUUCAAGUCCUUCUGGAGAAAUAGAGGAGGGCAGUUCAGUGACUCUGAGCUGCAGCAGUGAUGCCAACCCAGCAGCUGAGUACACCUGGUUCAAGAACAACCAACCUCUGCUCUGGGAACCACCUCAUACCUUCCCCUCAUUCCGCCCUGAAGACAGAGGAACGUACCGCUGUCAAGCAGAGAACAAAUAUGGACAACUGCGCUCGAACUUGCUAUUCAUGGAUGUCAAGUACGCUCCAAAGACCUCCUCAGUGACCGUGAGUCCCUCUGGUGAAAUAGAGGAGGGCAGUUCAGUGACUCUGAGCUGCAGCAGUGAUGCCAACCCAGCAGCUAAGUACACCUGGUUUAAGAACAACCGACGUCUGCUCUGGGGACCAAGUCAGUCUCAUACCUUCCCCUCAGUCCACCCUGAAGGCAGAGGAACGUACCGCUGUCAUGCAGAGAACAAAUAUGGACAACUGACCUCUAACUCGAUAUUCUUAAAUGUUACAUACGCUCCAAAGACCCCCUCAGUGACCGUGAGUCCCUCUGGUGAAAUAGAGGAGGGCAGUUCAGUGACUCUGAGCUGCAGCAGUGAUGCCAACCCAGCAGCCGAGUACACCUGGUUCAGGGAACAUGAAGACUCAGUGAGAGAAUCAGGACAGAACUACACCAUCACUAAUAUCACAUCUGAGCUUGGAGGAAACUAUUACUGCCAAGCACAUAAUGCAAUCGGAUAUCAUAAUUCCACCUUUCUGUUAAUUUAUGUUUGUAUUCAGUGUUUGAAAUCGACAUCAUCAUCAUGGACAACAACAGUAGCUGUGAGAGGCAUUGUUGUCUUACUGGCCACCGUACUCCUCCUUGUCUUCCUCUGGAUGAGAAGAAAGAGGGCCUCCAGUAAAGCAUGUGGACAGGGAGGAAGGCCAGAUACCAUAGAGGAGCUACUUCCUGUUCCUGUGUAUGAAAAUGUCUCAGCUCUGACCAAUCGCUUGGCUCCUGCAGCACAGAGAGAAUCAAUAGAAGAUCAGGAUGGCCAGCACUGUGCCAUCAUCCACACCUCUCUCUCAGAGAACCAGGACCAGGACCAGAAUUAGAAUCCUAUAAUGUGGGCCUAUGAAGCCCUUUGAGGCUGUGACUGUGAUUAAGAGCAAUACAAUACGUUCUACUCAGGUCCCACCAACACUGUGAAAAGAUGUCUGUUUAGUAAGAUUUGGGAUAUUUCAUGCAAUUUUUUGUGAUAAAGCAAAUAACGAUCCAUAGAACAAAUUAGUAUUGAAAAAGAAAAUAAUCCCAACUUUUUUUAUAUAUUUUAUAUACUCAACCAACUUGAUCAAAAUUCAAUGCUGGAAAUGACUUGGUAAUUUGUUAAAAUGCAUCUGAUUUUUUCCCCAACAAUAUCAUAAAUGAUUCGGAAAGCA